AUGUCGAGCAAGUGUGACUAUUGUAACAAAAACAUCACGAAGCUGAAACCGGGAUUAGAAUGUAACCGCUGUGAAAAAAUUGUGCACUUAAAUACCCAAUGCACAGGACUCACGAAUAAACAACUCAAUGCCCUACGAGCUUCUGAGAGUCUAGAAUGGACCUGUCAAGAUUGCCAAAACAACACGCCUAAACGUCGAUCGAUCAUCAUUCCAAAUGAAGAUGAAGGUGAGGAGGAAGUCGCUGAAAACCCAACGAUCCAAAUCGAUGUUAAAAAACUACUUGAAGACAUAUCUAGAGAAGUGGAGAGGGCCAUAAAGAUUGAAAUGAAAGACCUCAACAAAGCACUCCAAUUUCAAUCAGAUAAGAUGGAUGAACUCCUAAAAAAUUUUGAAACUAUGCAAAACAACAUAUCUGCUCUUCAGAAGAGAAACGUAGAACUUACUAAUCGGAACAAUAAUCUAGAAACGAGGGUAGGAGCCCUGGAACAGCGCAUUCAAGCAACGGAACAACAAAACCUACAAAAUCACAUUGAGAUACAUAACAUCCCAAUCAAUGACAAUGAAAACCUAAAUGAGAUCGUAACCACUGUGGCAAGAAAACUCGAUCAAAACCCUGAUGAAAUUAAGCAAAUAAAGCGUUUGCCAAGCAGAAAUGAUCGGCCUGGUCCGGUGCUGGUUGAACUAAACACUGAGCAAGCUCAAACAUCGUGGCUAGCUGCACCGAAAGUGAUGAACUUAAAGAUCCUUUCCUCAGAAAUCAUCCCUGAUAAACAUAAGCCGAAAGCAAAUGGAACCAUAUUCAUAUGUGAGGCACUCACUCCCUACAACAAGCAGCUACUAUAUCAAACUAAACAAGAACUGAAGGACUCGUACCGUUAUAUCUGGAUAAAAAACCGGCCAAGACUCACGAAUAAACAACUCAAUGCCCUACGAGCUUCUGAGAGUCUAGAAUGGACCUGUCAAGAUUGCCAAAACAACACGCCUAAACGUCGAUCGAUCAUCAUUCCAAAUGAAGAUGAAGGUGAUGAGGAAGUCGCUGAAAACCCAACGAUCCAAAUCGAUGUUAAAAAACUACUUGAAGACAUAUCUAGAGAAGUGGAGAGGGCCAUAAAGAUUGAAAUGAAAGACCUCAACAAAGCGCUCCAAUUUCAAUCAGAUAAGAUGGAUGAACUCCUAAAAAAUUUUGAAACUAUGCAAAACAACAUAUCUGCUCUUCAGAAGAGAAACGUAGAACUUACUAAUCGGAACAAUAAUCUGGAAACGAGGGUAGGAGCCCUGGAACAGCGCAUUCAGNUACUUAAUAUCUUCGUAACAACGGAACAACAAAACCUACAAAAUCACAUUGAGAUACAUAACAUCCCAAUCAAUGACAAUGAAAACCUAAAUGAGAUCGUAACCACUGUGGCAAGAAAACUCGAUCAAAACCCUGAUGAAAUUAAGCAAAUAAAGCGCUUGCCAAGCAGAAAUGAUCGGCCUGGUCCGGUGCUGGUUGAACUAAACACUGAGCAAGCUCAAACAUCGUGGCUAGCUGCACCGAAAGUGAUGAACCUAAAGAUCCUUACCUCAGAAAUCAUUCCUGAUAAACAUAAGCCGAAAGCAAAUGGAACCAUAUUCAUAUGUGAGGCACUCACUCCCUACAACAAGCAGCUACUAUAUCAAACUAAACAAGAACUGAAGGACUCGUACCGUUAUAUCUGGAUAAAAAAGGAGUUCUUCGUGUACGAAAGGAGGGAGAGAAUCAAAAAACUUCUGUAA